AUGCUCUUAUCUCAAGUUAUAUUUCCACUCUCAUUACUCGCUACGGCUUAUGCCAGCGCUAUUCCUGCCCGGAACUCCGAGGCACGAUCGCCAAAGCUCAAAUGGGGCCCUUGUGGUUUCAAUGGCACCCUCCCCAUAGAAUGCAGCAAGCUGGACGUUCCACUGGACUAUACAGACAAGGACUCGACAGCGACACUUAGUCUUGACCUUAUCAGAGUUGCUGCCGUGAACAAACCAUCCAGAGGAAGCAUUCUAUUUAAUUUCGGUGGUCCGGGCGGCGAUGGCCUGCAAAAUCUGGCUUCAAUCGCGGACGUGAUGCAGCCGAUGACCGGUGGCUACCAUGACAUGAUAAGCUUUGAUCCAAGAGGCACUGGCAAUACUCUCAACUUCUCUUGCUAUGAUAACGCCAUCGAGAGAACAGUUAGUCAGUUGACUCUUCACCAGGAGCUGGUCAAUUCUUCCGAUACAGCCUUGGGAAGACUAUGGACAUCUGGGAAGGUUUUCUCAGACACCUGCCUUGGUCGUCUAAAGGAUAAUGCCACUCUUGUCGGUACUGCAUUCGUGGCGAGAGAUAUGAUGCAGAUUGUGGAUGCUCUUGGCGAAGAUGGAAAGUUGCGAUACUGGGGUAUUUCCUACGGAACCGUUCUGGGCGCAACGGUCGCUUCUAUGUUCCCAGAUCGCAUGGACAAGGUAAUCUUGGAUGGGGUGCAGAACCCUCAUGAGUACUACCAUGGACUAGAUUUUGAGAUGUUCACCGACGCCGGAAAAGCGUUUGAGGGCUUCUUGUCCGGCUGUGUCGAUUCGCCCAACAACUGCCCCUUGGCUCGUGGAAAUACGACUGCUGCUAGCCUUGGUAGAACUCUGUCCCAUUUCUUGGAAACCGUCAAAUACCAGCCUAUUCAAAUUGGCCAGUCUAUUAUCGACUACUCAACCAUCAAAAGCCAGAUUUUCUCAACUCUCUACUGGCCAGGCCAAUGGGCUCAGCUCGCCGCUCUACUUGAUGGUCUAAUGACUGGGAACCUCACAGACAUGGGUGCUGGCUCGGGGGACUCAUCGAACUCUUCUCCAGGAUUUUCCGAAGCUUUGGCUGGCAUUAAAUGCGGCGACAAAUCUACACGAGCCACAAGUCUAUCCGAUGUUACCCCUCUUAUCAACAAAAGUCUACAAUCAAUAAAGUGGUUCGGGGAUGUCGCAUCUACCACCGCCAUGCAGUGUAUACGCUGGGGAGGCGAGGCCAAAGAGCGAUAUAGUGGCAACUUCCAUGUGAAAACCAAGAACCCAGUUUUAUUGAUUGGCAAUACCUAUGAUCCUGCCACACCUCUCGUGUCCGCUCGGAAUGUCAGCGCAGGACUAGAGGGUAGUGUUGUGUUACAGCAGAACAGCUACGGGCACACAUCUAUCGCUCAACCGUCAAACUGCACAAUCCGUCAUAUCCAGCAAUACUUUCUGAAUGGCACACUGCCCACGCCAGGAACUGUCUGCGAACCAAAUUAUCCACUGUUCCACAAGGCAUGA